AUGGAGGCAUCAUCUCUGACCAAUCCCAUUGACCCAAGAAAGCCUUCCAUCACCACACUUAGUGUGAAGCAACUAAAACAACAACCGAGUCCCCUUCGAAAAAUGGUGGCAGUGUCAUCCAUCGCCGCCGGUAUCCAAUUUGGAUGGGCUCUACAACUAUCCCUUCUCACACCAUAUGUUCAAACCCUAGGAGUUCCACACGUUUGGGCCUCCUUCAUUUGGCUUUGUGGCCCUAUCUCUGGCCUCGUAGUUCAACCCAUUGUAGGUUACAGCAGUGACCGCUGCCAAUCUCCCUUCGGUCGUCGUCGUCCAUUUAUCCUUGCCGGCGCAAUAGCUGUUGCAGUCUCCAUUUUCCUUAUUGGUUAUGCUUCUGAUAUAGGACACAUGGCUGGCGAUGACAUCACAAAGAGAACUCGUCCACGAGCCGUUGCCAUCUUUGUCACCGGCUUUUGGAUCUUAGAUGUUGCCAACAACAUGCUCCAGGGACCAUGUCGUGCCUUCCUAGGUGACUUAGCUGCCGGUGAUUCGAGAAAAACGAGAACAGCUAAUGCAUUCUUCUCAUUUUUCAUGGCUGUCGGCAAUGUCCUGGGCUAUGCCGCAGGAUCCUAUAACGAUCUCCACAAGAUCUUCCCUUUCACUGAAACCGUGGCAUGCAACAUCUUUUGUGCAAACCUAAAAAGUUGCUUCUUUUUCUCUAUCAUUCUUCUUCUUGGUUUGUGUAUUAUCGUUCUCAGUUGCGUGGACGACCCUCAGUUCACACCGACACGUAAGGAGUUGAAAGAAGAUGAGGCAAGGAAGACACAAUCUUCGUGCUUCUCUGGGGAGUGUUGUGCUGCAUUCAAGGGACUAGAGAAGCCAAUGUGGAUGUUGAUGUUGGUGACUGCUAUUAACUGGAUUGCGUGGUUCCCUUAUGUGUUGUUCGACACUGACUGGAUGGGUCGUGAGGUGUAUGGUGGUGACGUUGGGCAGAAGGCGUAUGAUGCUGGUGUGCAAGCUGGUUCUUUGGGCCUCAUGUUGAAUUCAGUGGUGUUGGCUGUGGUGUCCUUGGGUGUAGAACCCUUGGGUCGCUUGGUUGGUGGAACGAAAUGGUUGUGGGCAAUCGUAAAUGUUAUUCUCGCAGUUUGCAUGGCAAUGACCGUGCUCAUCACAAAAAUCGCUGAGCGACAACGUGCCAAUAACCCUGCUCUCAUUGGAAACCCCUCCAUGGAUGUGAAAAUUGGAUCCUUAGCAUUCUUCUGCGUCCUUGGUAUUCCUCUUGCGGUUACUUAUAGUGUUCCAUUUGCUCUAGCCUCUAUCUACUCUAGUAGCUCAGGAGCAGGACAAGGAUUGUCUUUGGGUCUUCUAAAUAUUGCAAUUGUGAUUCCUCAGAUGAUUGUUGCAGCAAUCAGUGGACCAUGGGAUGCAUUGUUUGGUGGUGGCAACUUGCCAGCAUUCGUGUUGGGUGCCGUAGCAGCCGCCAUAAGUGCCAUAUUGGCAGUUGUUCUACUUCCAAACACCAAGAAAGAAGAUGAAGCCAACAUUUCCAACCUCAAAAUGGCUAGUUUUCAUUAA